AUGGCGCUCGACACGUUCUUCCACAACAAGAUCGAGAGCAUGAAGCUCGAGAUCAUCCAGGGCCAAGCAGUAUUACGACGACUGGAAGCACAGCGAAACGAGUACAACAGCCGAGUGCGCCUGCUACGGGAAGAGCUGGGUCUGCUCCAGCAGCCAGGAAGCUAUGUUGGCGAGGUGGUCCAGGUGAUGAGCACCAAGAAGGUCCUGGUGAAGGUGCAUCCCGAAGGCAAAUAUGUUGUCGACGUGGCGGAUAACAUCGACAUUUCGAAACUCACAGCCGGCAAACGUGUCACUCUCCUCUCCGACAGCUACAAGCUCUCAUCGCUCCUUCCAUCCUCCGUCGACCCGCUCGUAUCGCUGAUGAUGGUGGAGAAGGUACCCGACAGCACAUACGACAUGAUCGGUGGACUGGAUGAGCAGAUUAAGCAGAUCAAGGAAGUCAUCGAGCUGGGCCUCAAACACCCCGAACUAUUCGAGUCGCUCGGUAUUGCGCAGCCGAAGGGUGUCCUUCUAUACGGCCCGCCAGGUACCGGAAAGACUCUCCUCGCAAGAGCAGUAGCGCAUCACACAGACUGCAAGUUCAUCCGUGUCUCUGGUUCAGAAUUGGUGCAGAAGUACAUUGGUGAGGGAUCGCGCAUGGUGAGAGAGCUGUUCGUUAUGGCACGAGAGCAUGCACCUUCGAUCAUCUUCAUGGACGAGAUUGACUCUAUCGGUUCGUCUCGUGUCGAGGGGUCUUCGGGAGGUGAUUCGGAAGUGCAGCGCACUAUGUUGGAACUGCUCAACCAGCUGGACGGCUUCGAGCCAACCAAGAAUAUCAAGGUCAUCAUGGCCACCAACAGACUCGACAUUCUCGAUCCCGCCCUUCUACGACCCGGACGAAUCGACCGAAAGAUCGAAUUCCCACCGCCAUCGACCGAAGCACGAGCCGACAUUCUCCGCAUCCACUCCCGAAGCAUGAACCUGACAAGAGGCAUCAACUUGAUGAAGAUCGCGGAGAAGAUGAACAGCUGUUCCGGCGCUGAGCUGAAGGGUGUGUGCACAGAAGCUGGCAUGUACGCGCUGAGAGAGCGCAGAGUGCACGUUACACAGGAGGACUUCGAUCUGGCAACGGCCAAGGUGCUGAACAGGCAUGACGACAAGGAGACGAGCUUGGCCAAGCUGUGGAAGUAG